UUUCUCCAUACAACAUGGCAAUGCCUGAGUGGCUUCCUAAUUCACUACGAUGACACCUCACAAACAAAACAGCUGUCCAACGGAGUUAUUCGUGGUGUUUUGUGUGUGACCGGCAUUUCAGUAUUUUCCGCAGGUAGACGAAAAAAUUUCCAGAAGCAUGUCUCACGAUAAAAACCAUUAUAUCCUUCCAAACUCCCAACCAAUUGGCGAUUUAGAUUGCAGAGAAGCAUUCGCGAACUUAACUGAAAAAGAAAAGCAAUAUGCUCACUACUUCAGCAAGGCUGCAAACAAUGGUGGGCUUAUUGCGCUAAUACAAUCAAGCCCCGAGUCACCCCUCAUUUUCUCUUUUCUUCAUCGCAUCUUUCUUGCCGAACCAAUAGAACAUUUGAAGCAAAGCGUCUUACAAAAUGGGAUUACUGAAGAAGAAUUUACGGCUUUUCUCGUCUACGCCUGCGGGGUAUUUGCGAAUGCCGGCAAUUAUAAAGGCAUGGGCGAUAGUAAAAUUGUACCCAAUAUAGACGAAUGUAAAUUCGACAUGAUCGUACAACAAACAAAAGCAUACAAGGCAGACCCUUCCAAAAUGGAAGGUCUCUUUAAAAAAAUUCGGAAAGGCAUCUUCGAAUUGAACGAUUCAAAUUUAGUAUUUGGUUUUCCGCCUAACGGUAUAACAACAUAUUGGUCGAGUAACUGUACAAAGGAAGAUUCUGAACUUGUCAAUGAAUGGAUGACUAACAAACGUAUUGAACCGUAUAUGUGCCGAACUUUUAAGACAAUUGAAAACGAAAAGGUGGUGUACGAUGUGCAUUUGGCCUCUAUCGAGACAUCGGAAAAGGAAGGCAUCACUGUACCAGAUGAAGUUUAUAAGGGUUGUGUGUUUCGGGUGACUCGUGGUGACUACUCAAGUUUGCUGCAGUUAGUCAAUGAAAAUUUGGCUCAAGCUCAAAAAUAUGCUGCUAACAAUAAUGAGGAAAAAAUGAUAACACAUUAUAUGAACUGUUUCACAGAGGGCAGUUUAGAUGAGCAUAAGGAAGGAUCAAGGUGGUGGAUAAAAGAUAAAGGGCCAGUAAUCGAAACCUACAUUGGUUUCAUUGAAACAUACCGCGACCCUGCUGGAGGUCGGGCUGAAUUUGAGGGCUUCGUCGCAAUGGUUAAUAAAGAGUCUUCAGCUAAAUUCGCCAGACUAGUUGAGAAAGCCGAAGAUCUACUAAAAUUGCUUCCAUGGAAAUCGCAAUUUGAAAAAGAUUCAUAUUUGCGACCAGACUUUACCUCACUUGAUAUUUUAACUUUUUCCGGAAGUGGGGUGCCAGCCGGAAUCAACAUUCCAAAUUAUGAUGAGAUUCGCCAGGAUGAAGGAUUCAAGAAUGUAUCGUUGGGAAAUGUGCUAGCUAAUGUUAAUAAGAAGGAUCCUAUUCCUUUUCUAUCGGAGGAGGAUCAAGCUCUUUUGAAGGAAUAUAAAGUUAAAUCGUUCGAGGUACAAGUUGGACUCCAUGAACUUCUUGGUCACGGUAGCGGUAAACUUUUCCGCAUAGACGAAGAAGGAGAAUUCAAUUUUGAUCGAGAAAAUACAGUGAAUCCUCUCACCGGUGAACACAUCAACUCAUGGUAUGGACCUGGCGAAACAUACGACACCAAAUUCGCUGCAAUGGGAUCAUCAUAUGAAGAAUGCCGAGCUGAAUCUGUAGGUCUCUACCUAAGUUUGCAAAAAGAGGUGCUAGAAAUUUUCGGUUAUACUGACGAAAAGGAAGUAAGUGAUAUUAUCUACAUCAAUUGGAUGAAUUUGAUUUGGAAUGGAAUGGGUGUAGCUUUGGAAAUGUACAAUCCACAAACAAAACAAUGGAUGCAGGCUCAUAGUCGUGCCCGAUACGUAAUCAUGCGAGUUUUAGUUGAAGCUGGGGAAGGAUUUAUCACCAUUAAAGAGACUGAAGAGGGUAAAAACCUCCUACUCACUAUAGAUCGUAGCAAAAUCUUUACAGUUGGCAAGAAGGCGAUUGAAAAUUUCCUAUUAAAGUUGCAAGUUUAUAAAUCAACUGCCGAUGUUAUUGCUGCCACUAAAAUGUAUGAUUACUAUUCGGAAGUGAGUGCUGAAGGUGAGCAUCCUUGGGCUAAGUGGCGCGAUAUUAUUCUGUUGCAUAAGAAACCACGAAUUAUACUAGUACAAGCCAAUACAGCUAUUAAGGAUGAUAAGGUAGAGCUGGUAACAUAUGAUGCUACCCAUGAAGGGUACAUUAAGUCGUGGAUCGACAGAUUUCCAGAUACUAAGGUGGAUGAUAUCCUAGAAGCGCUCUGGCGUGAGGACAAAAAGUAUUUUGAUAGUUAAACUUGUUGAAAUAUGUUGUAAGGAGUCGACAGUGUAUGGAAAAAUAAGUAUGAGAAUUGUCGAGCGAUGCGAUAAAAUUGGAACUUUUGGAUAGUCUUUAUACAUUUUUGAUUAAAAAUUCUUAGUCUUGAUCUCGUUUUGGAUGUUAAUAUAUCAAAUGAUUCACUAGGUAGGACCAGAAAAAUUGUCAUAAGCCGGAAAUAGAAAGCUGCAAAGGUUUUGUAGAUUUUCUAUAUAACAAUAUUUAUGAAAAGCUUUGGGAUAGCUGAGUGGUUAGAGCACAAGGCUGUCGUACGGAAGGUCGCGGUUCAAAUCUCGCUGGUGGCAGAGGGAUUUGUAUCGUGAUUUGACGUCGGAUACCAGUCGACU